GCAAACUAUUGCCUUUCGCGUGCCUUGACGUCAUAUGCAUGAGCCGGAAGUAAACCAAUAAACGCCGAUGACUGUCAUGAUCAGCCAAAUGUCAAUUUAAAAUAUUCACAGGACAACAAGAUACCUGGGUCUCCUCCUUAAACACAAAAGGAUGCACGGUCGGGUGAAGGUAAAGUCAACUGCCCAGCAAGAGGAGGAGAAAAGAAAGGAGCGGGAGAAGAAACUCAAGAUAUACACGGCGGCACGAGAUGCCUGUUUUUCCAAGAGGAAGGAGGGCAUUCGUGACGAAGAGGCUCUGCACUUGACCCAGCAGCUCCUAUCAUCAAACCCUGACUUUGCAACCCUUUGGAAUUACAGAAGAGAGAUCCUCAUGCACCAGGAGACUGUCAAAGACAAUAGCGACGUGCAAAAGAUGUAUCAGGCUGAGCUGUCUUUUCUGGAGUCUUGCCUGAAAGUCAACCCAAAGUCGUACGGCAGCUGGCAUCACCGAAGUUGGGUGUCGGAACGGGCGCCGCAAAUGGACUGGGCCCGGGAGCUGACCUUGUGCGACCGCUGCCUCAGCAUGGAUGACCGUAACUUUCACUGCUGGGAUUACCGGCGGAUCGUCGUGAAGAAAUCCGCCGUUCCCGUGGGAAAGGAGUUGGAGUUCACGGACCGUCUCAUCGGCUCAAACUUUUCCAACUACUCCAGCUGGCACUACCGCAGUACCCUGUUGCCGCUGCUCCACCCGCAGUCUCCCGAAACCGCGCCCCCGUCGUUCUCCUCGCCGCCUUCGCCGCAGACUCACUCGCAUCGCGUCUGUGAAGAGCAGCUGCUCAAAGAAUAUGAGCUCGUGCAGAACGCUUUUUUCACCGACCCCAACGAUCAAAGUGCUUGGUUCUACUACCGGUGGCUGCUUGGCAGAGCCAAACGGGAUGAAAUGAUAAGUUGCGUUUUCAUCAGCCGGGAAGACGAGAGAGUAGCUGUCGCCUUUUCGAGGCCGGUCAAUGCGCAGUCCGGUGGCCUUCUGCUGGUUCUCGACGGGCAGCCGCAGCAAGUGGAGUGGAGGAGUGUCCACCCACGAUUUAAACACAGUCCAGUCUGGAUAUGCCAACUUCCUCCCGGAUCCAUCAGCGACAUCGCUAAUGAACAGAAUCUGACAGUGCACUGGUCUGAAAAACACGCUCGUCGGGACUGCGCACUGUACACAGGACGAAGUGAGAGUUGGUGUCGUGAUUCUGCCACUGAUCAGGAGCUCUUCAGGAGUGAGCUCUCUGUUGAGAAGAGCUCCGUGCUGCAGUCUGAGCUGCAGUCAUGUAACCAGCUACUAGAACUGGAGCCGCUCAAUAAGUGGUGCUUGCUGACAAUCAUCCUACUGAUGAGGGCGCUAGACCCCCUUGGUUACGAGAAGGAGACACUCGCUCACUUCCAAACUCUCAAAGAAGUGGACUCCAUGCGAUCAUCCUAUUACAGCGACCUGUGCAGCAAGUUUAUGAUCGAAAACACCAUUUUGAAAAUGGAGUACGCCGAAGUGCGGGUCUUCAGCGUUGCCAACAAGAACCUGACCACCUUGUGCCAUUUGGACCAGCUGCUCCUCAUCACUCACAUCAAUCUGUCCUCUAACCAGCUGCGGCGCAUCUCCGCUCACUUCUCCAUGUUGCAGUGCUUGGAGGUGUUGGAGGCUGAUAACAACUCCAUAGAAAACUUGGAAGGCGUCUACUGCCUACCCAACCUGGAAGAGGUCCUCUUGAAGAACAACCACAUCUCCACUUUGGCGGCGCUCCGGCCGCUCGCCUCCUGCCCCAAGCUGCGGCGCCUCGAUCUCCGCGGCAACCCCGUCGCUCAGCGCGCAGACGUCGAGCCUCGUCUCGCCGAGCUCCUGCCUUCCGUGGCGUGUCUCCUGCUCUGAUGUGCCGGCAGCGGGAGUCUGGCCCGUCACUCAAGGAUGACGCCGACGCCGCCAGCCAGUUUGUGAAGGAGUGAGUGGAUGAUUUUUUUUUUUUUUUUUUUUCCCCCAGGUGUGCUACCACUUCCACUUGUUUGGUCGAAAUUCAAUCAAAACAGCCCCCACUCGUCUGAAUGCCUCUGAAGGCGGAUAUCGAAACGCCUUUAAUAAAAAGUGUGUGUGUGUUUGUGUGUACGUGUAUGAGUCAUAACCGCUGUUUGUCAAAAUGUGUGUAUAAAGCAAGGUCUAUUAAUACCUCCAAAUGCAUGCUGCAACAUCUCCAAUAACGAAACAAAUUGUAUGUUGAUGGAUCCGCAUGAUCACAUUUUAUAAGCUUUAAAGACGCCGAAAGCAACAAUGAGGAGCUGGGACGGGACUCAAAAGUACCACCACCAUUGUGAACAACAAAAUACAUAAAAUAUAGUAGCGUCUUAGGUGGAAAUUUUUCUUUAUUAUAAUGACAUGGGUGGGAAAUAUUAUUGUAAUGUUAUUGUAAGCCACUGUCAUGUAUUGCACUGUUUGAAAAUGAGCAUUGCGCUGAAUUAAAACUAGCCAUCCAGCCAUUUUCUUAGCCACUUAUCCUCACGAGGGUCGCGGGGAGUGCUUGACCCUAUCCCAGGUGUCGUCGGGCAGGAGGCGGGGUACACCCUGAACUGGUUGCCAGGCAAUCGCAGGGCACAUAGAGACAAACAACCAAUUGCACUCUCAAUCACACCUCGGGGCAAUUUAGAGUGUCCAAUUAAUGUUGCAUGUUUUUGGGAUGUGGGAGGAAACCAGA